CAUAUUAAUCCAUAAAAGAGAUGCGAAAUGCAGAAUGACAAAAUCGUUUGAGGAAUAGUGUAAAGAUGGAGAUCUCUAGUUACUCGGACAUUGAUGUUGGUGUAGAUCUGAAAUCUGGAGCCAAGUCACAUAUUCAAUUUCUAUCUCGUGUGAAUCAGUAUCCUGGUUUGUAUGGGGGACCAGUGCUGCACAAGGCAAUAUGGAGAUAUGGGGAACUGUGGCUGCCACUGGCUGCUGAAUAUGCAGAUAAGGUGUUAUCAGCACCUUUGGAUAUAGAGUGGGUGUGGCACUGUCAUCUGUUGGCUCCUGUGAAAUAUGUGGAGGACUGUAAAAAUAACUACAACACAGUUAUAGAGCACACAGUAAGAGCUGGGGAGGUGUAUGAGAAAGCCCUAGCAGAAUCAGAACAGUACUGGAACCAGAAAUACCCUGAUAUACCUUUCAAAGUGGAUCUUGUAGAUUCUGAUGCUGAAAAUAUUCAGAAUGUAAGGUCAAGGUCAUUUGAAUUUUCGUAUGACCUUGAAGCAGCAGCUGCAAGACAGAAAAUGUUUUAUUAUCAAGUUUCUUUGCCACAUUAUCUUGAUAUCAAAUUUCUUGAAAAAGGACUACUCCGGUACAAAAAAUUUCUGUUCUUAAAAAGCAGAAAUCCGGAUACCUUCCUAGUGCCUUGCUAUGACAUUGACUUGUUGUGGCACACACAUAUGAAUUUCUCCUCAAGCUACAGAACAGUUACAGAACUUCUACUAGAGAGAGUAUUAAAUCAUGACGACAGCGUUAAUGACAGAAGUGAAGGGUCAAAGUUGAACACAUCUGAUGCCAAAACACGACAGCUCUGGAAAACAACUUUCAAUGAACAUUUUGCUUCAUAUGGUGCUAUGUGGCGUGGGGAUCCUCCGGAGGGGAAGUUGCAUACAAUUACUAUACAGGACUGCUUCCGUCUUGUAUCAAAGCAUACAAAUGUCAAGUUUGACCGAAUUGAAAUUCAAGGACACAGGAAAGACACCCUUACAAAGUUUAAAGUUAUUAUACGAGAGAGAGAUAUAAUUGUGAUGUCCGGACAUGUACAGGGCGAGAAGGAAAUUGUGGAUAUUUCAGAGAAACUUUUCACAUUGAAAGGGCCUCAGUUAACCUGGGAAAACUGCGGAAAUAUCAAGAAAUGUUUACACUGUUUGAAAUCAGAUAAUCUGUGCUUACAAAUCUGCCAGGGACAAUCUGUACUUUGCUGUUCAAAUGGCACCAGUCAGAUAGGUGAAGGUCAAAUAGACUUAGAUACCAUUGCAGCAAAGUUUGUUAAAGUGAAGCAAAGUAUUUCUGAACAAGUCAAAGUUGAUGUAGAUACAGACAUAAAUGCUGAAGUUAAAAUGACCUUGACUUUGACAAAAUUGGGUCAUUGUGAUUUAUGGCUGGUACCUGGCACAUAUGAAGAAUGUGUGAUGCCUGAGCAGAUAGAAUCGUUGUGGGGACCAGUUCCGUUGCCAAGGUUACCACCUGGUGUACCUAACAACUGCUCUGUGGCUUCUCAUAGAUUGAAGGAUUACAAGAGCAAAGUUCAGUUCACAUGUCGUGUGGUCCACAGUCUUCCAUUGAUGAUGUCCUCUGUGCAAGUUUUCUACCAUGACAAAAUGAUGGCAGUUGCUCAUGUACUUGGAUCAGAUCAGAUACCCAAACCAGAGGAUGUUGGUGAUUUACAGUCGUGUGUGACCCUGGAGCCUAAAAAAGGAGAGAGAGCCAUGGUAAUCAAGAACUGGGAAGGAGAUUGGGGAAUUAUCAUAGGUAGAUGGGACGGUUAUAAAAGAGGAACACCAGCAAAACGAGGGACACGCACUAGUGCUGGUAGGCCAGGAGCUGCUGGUCGUCCUGGGUAUCUUACCUUGCUUUUCUACAAAAUCAAAACCAAGAAAUGGGAGCUGCUCUCAAUGGAGGACCCCUAUGCCACGGAGGAAUUCAGGUUUAAGUUUGCUGAUGCCAAAGUAGAUUUGAAAGUGGGUAAAAUCAGUAUUAAUGGAGAAAAGAAUGAAAUUGCAGAACAUUUAGCUCUGACUUUUUGUGUUUCCUUGCUGCAUGUAUUCCUUCAGCCUCGGCCCACCAACUGGGAGCCCGGGGAGAGUCUGGAGCCCGAGGUGAGUAAACGAGGAGCUCGUAAUGUGAGGUAUGUAAAGUCAGAGAAACUCGCUUUAAUUUUAGCAGCUGGUCUGCUGAUUGCUACACCAUCAAAUCAUUUCAUUAGGAAGAAGAUGAAAGAAAGAUCUGAAGGAUUUGGAUGCGGAGGAUUAAUUGUAAGUGAUUAUGAAAGACAUGAAUCUGUCGGAAAUGACCAACAUGGAGAUGACCAAGGGUUUUCGGCUUCAGCUUUUGGAAGUCAUAGAGAUGAGGACCAGGCUAAACCUGAGGACAUUAUGACUCAGUUAUUGGGAGAUGAAGAUGAAGGGGAAACAGGUGAAACAAAUCAUGAGACAUUGAUGGAUGAACUUUAUGGGGGUGAUGAUGAUCCUGAUGAUGUUGGGGGUCAUGAAGCAGAUAAUAACUUUGGAACAAAUAACUAUGAUGAUAUGUAUGGGGAUUUGGGUGGAGGAGACUAUUAUGGAGAAGAUUUCAAUACGUUUCUUGGUGAUGUUGAUUUUGGUACCACUGGAGUAGAUGGGAAUGAGGCUGGAGGAGGAGACAGUGGAUGGAGUUUCGGUUAUGAUGAUGGUGGUGUGGGUGGUUGUGGGGGAUGUGGAGCAGCUUGUGGAGGAGGAGGAGGGAUAUUUGGUGGUGGAGAUUCAGGGGGAGGGGAUGGAGGUGGUGGUGGUUUUUCAGGAGGAGGAUGGAGUGGGGGAGCAUUUGAUAGUGGUGGAGCAUUUGACAGUGGAGGUGGGGAUAGUGGUGGAGGGGGUGGUGGAUGGCUGGAGGGGUUCAGUGGUAUGGAUUCGGGUGGAGGUGGAGAUGGGGGAGGCUGGGGUGAUGGAGGUGGGGGUGGAGAUGGUGGAGGUGGGGGCGGAGAUGGAGGAGGAUGUGGUGGCUGUGGAGGUUGUGGUGGGUAGCAAUGUUGUAGUGACAGAUAAGACAGCUAGGUUGUGUUAACAUAACAGCACAGAAACAAGAAUUUAGGUUGAGAGCUUGAAAUUUGUUUGCAUGUGAUUCAGAUUAAAAGGGCUUGGUGCUAUCAAGGUUGUAUAAUAAUUAGACAAUGAUAUAUUUUUAGCUUGUCUGAUUUUUAGCUCACAUGUCACAAAAUGACAAUGUGAGUUUUUGUGAUCGCGCAGCGUCCGUCGUCCGUGCGUAAACUUUUGCUUGUGACCACUCUAGAGGUCACAUUUUUCAUGGGAUCUUUAUGAAAGUUGGUCAGAAUGUUUAUCUUGAUGAUAUCUAGGUCAAGUUCGAAACUGGGUCAACUGCUAUCA